AUGGGCUUGGCAAACGUGCCGCUGACCAAAGUCACUCUUUACAAGAAUGACUAUGCCCAUUGCUUGCGCAUCACCCCUGCACACAAGGGUACAUUGCUGGCCCACAACCGGCGCGGUUUCAAGCUGAGCGUUCCACAACAGACGCACGACGUCAUUGUAGAUACGCUCGCGGCACGCAUCGGCGAUACGGUGCCCUCCACCCAAUACAACAUUGAGGCUGCAGAUCGCUUUGCCGAAGCUCGCGCUGACCAGGCCAACCUCUACCAAUUUGAUCUCAGCGGCAGCAUCCGGGGCUUCCUACGCUCCUGCAUUGGUGCUCAAGUGGAUUUGACGGUUGCUCAGCCCUCCAAAACUGACACUGGGAUCGAAACCUUUGUCACUCACACAUACAGCGGACUCCUCGCCAUGCUGCAGGAUGAGCGUGUAGAAUCAGUGACUAGCGAUGGCACCACGGUUACUCAGACAGUAACAACCGCUUCACUUCUGAGCAGUGAGAAGGGUCUUCAGCUAGUUCCUCUUGUUCACCUUCGAACCUGUUUUAUUCACAACAAGGAUUUGCGCGAUCAGCUCGAGCAGAUCAUCUGCCAAAAGCUGCAGCGCAGCCAGGCCUAUCAAUCCAAGGAGUCUGGCCACGCCGUCAUUACCUUUCUCACCCCACCUGAAACGGACGAGCUUGAUCUCUCCGUCAGCUACGUUUGUGACGCCAAGGAGUGGUCUUGCACCUACCACCUCGACGUGCCAACGGCGGCCAUCAAAACACCGACUCAAUUGCAGGCCAUGGCCAACAUCCACAACACGACCGCUGAAGACUGGCGCAAUGUCCAGGUCUGUCUUAUGGGCAGUGAGCUUGAACUUGUCAACGAUGCUGCCGCCUCCAGCAAGCAACAGCAGGCCAAGAAGAAAAAGAUUCAAGCUCGCCAAGAGCGAGGCUCAAUGACCAUCUUCAUCAAGACCCUCACUGGCAAGACAAUCUCCCUCCCCGUGUCGCCCUCGGACACCAUGGCUGUGAUCAAGAGCAAGAUUACCGACCGCGAAGGCAUCCCGCCGGAUCAACAGCGCCUCAUUUUUGCCGGCAAGCAGCUGGAAGAUGGUCGGACCUUGAGUGAUUAUAACAUUCAAAAAGAGUCCACCCUGCACUUGGUGUUGCGGUUGCGUGGGCGUGGAGCCGAUGCCGAUGCCACGGAUGAUUGGGAAGCGGUCGACGUGUCCGCCAUGGCCGGCCUGACGGAACGCAUUGCCUACAAUCUCAGCCAGCCAGUGGAUCUGCGUGCCGGCGAGAGCGGCGUUGUACCCGUUGCCACUUUUCCCGUGUCAGCCCGCAAAAUUUUGGUGUAUGAUCCCUCCUUCAACAAGGUCAAUGCCAUGCAUUCAGUCCACUUGUUCAACGAGUCUGAGGCAGCCCUGGCCAAUGGUACGAUCAGCAUGAUGCAGGAGGGCCGAUUCGUCUCCCAAGUUGAAUUCAGCCCCAUGCUGCCCAACGAUGACGCUGUAAUCCUAAAAUUCAAGUGGGCCGACAUUGGCUAUGUUUCCCGCCGAACGACGGUAUACACCUUUGUCAACAACGGUCAAGAAGCCAUGUCCGGUCCCUCAACGCUCUACAUUAACCACACGGCCUCGAUGACUCACAACGGCUACAGCAUCUUGACAUCGGAAAAUGCCAUCAAGCGGGCAGAGGGCUUUUGUCGCUAUGAGCUCACAUUGGCGCCUGGUGAGACAAAGUCCAUUACGGUGGAAGAGGAAGCAUCUUACGAGGAGAAGCUGGAGCGCAAAAAGUUGAUCAGCAAGCUGCGAACAGCCUCAGAGCGGCAAUGGCUUUGCACAGACAUCUUCUCGCACGAAAAUUUGGAGCAGCUGCUUCGAAUUCUCAGCUGGGAGUUGAUGGAGAACACUUUGACCGAUGCAAUGGAAGAUUGCCUGGAAUUAUCAGAUUUGCUCAAGGCUGAGCGAUCCCUCCAGGAGCUGAACCGAGACAUGGACAUGACCGGCCCUGUAUUCGAGCAGUGGAAGGUGGUGCUCGAAGGCCCGAUCAGGCAGAUAUUGGAGACGACGCAACGCUUGAUGAAUAAACAAAAGCAGCUGCAGCAGGCCAAGCAGGAAGCUGAGACCAGCAUCAGCACCAUCGAGACCGACCAAUGCCGCAUUCGAGACAACCUGAAGUCCUUGGAAAAGGUGCGUGGUGAAGAGCUUGUGAGUCGAUAUCUCAAGGACAUGAGCAAGGCCGAGGAUGAUUUGCAGGCACUGCGGCAGCAAGUGCGUAGCCAUGAGCGUGAGAUCAAGUCCCUGGAGGACGAGGUGAAACAGCAAUCGCGCCUACUGCACGAUGAAGCGGAGAAGCUUUGCGAUCAGCUUCCGCCAUCUGACGAUUGUUGA